GCGGCGCGGGCUUCAGAUCCCGCCGUGAGAUGGACGCGGCAUUUCCCGGCGUGCUCGCUAGCUCUUGUGUGUUCUUUUCCGCUGCGGUCGCUGUCUCUUUUUGUGUGUGUGUGUGUGUUGUUGUUGUUAAUUUUUUGUCGCCGGGACGGAGCCGGAGCUAAUCGAAUGCUGUGAGGAGCGCCUCUCCCGUAUUCCAGCCAGAUGAGCAGUGUGGAUGGAAUUCCAGAUCAUCACAGUGUCCCCACAGGUGGACAACAGCCCCUCCUCGAGUACAGGAGAACUCCGCAGCAGACGGCUCUAGUAGACAAUGUCAUGUUACAAGACAACACCAGACAAGUUGGAAUCUUACCGAACAGCUCUGUCAGCCAUGAGAUUGUGGGCUCCCACAGUCUCCUGCAGAGCAGCACAAUCAAUCAUCAGCCAGUACUUGUCAGCAGUCCAGCGACUCAAAACGCUUUGGGAAAUGCGGAGGAAACAGACAAUCGUGUUGCUGUUACAGUAACACAGGGUCUACCUUGUGCAUCCCAGGUACUGGGGAAAAACACGAUCCUGGAGGGAGUUAUUCAACUUGAUGAUCAUGAAAAGCAGAGACAGCAGGAAGAUUUGGAAAAGCUGCGGGUAAAUGAAAACCUACUGAAGCUGGGAGACAAUGAGGAUUUGUUGAAGCUCAGACAGCAUGAAGAAUUGAUGAAGCUUCGGGAGCAUGAAGAAAUGCUGAAGAAACAAAGGAGUAAAAAAGUCCGUACUACAUCUAAAAUUCUGGUAGUCGGCGAAGAUGGGACCUUCAUGGUUAAAUCUCCUAAGACUCACAUCUGCGAGCAAUGCAGUGCAGCCUUCCGGACUAACUACCACCUGCAGAGACACAUCCUCAUCCACACAGGUGAAAAGCCAUUUCAGUGCAGCCAAUGUAGCAUGCGAUUUAUCCAGAAGUACCUACUGCAGAGACAUGAGAAGAUACACACUGGUGAGAAGCCGUUCCACUGUGAUGAAUGUGACAUGCGGUUUAUUCAGAAAUACCACAUGGAACGACACAAACGGACUCACAGUGGAGAGAAACCGUACCAGUGUGAAUACUGCCUUCAGUAUUUUUCUAGAACUGAUCGUUUGCUUAAACACAGAAGAAUGUGCUGUGAAAAUCAAGGGAAAGCUUCUGACAAAAACCCAGCAGUGAAAACUGAGCCAAUAAUACUUGCCAUCAGUACGGAACACAGGUUGUUGUCACCCCAGAAGGAUGUCAUUAAUCCGACAACAAAAAAGAUCAAAACUACAGAGAAGUUGGAACUGGAGGCUUCUAAUAAAGAGGAGACCGGUAGUCCAACAGGUGUUAACUUGAAUAAGCGAGAUUGUAUAGAGUAUUACACCAGCAACUUGAAGGUAAAGGAUGAGUAUAAAGUGGAGCAGUCGUCGCUUGUAAAUGCACAUCCAUCUCUUGGUAGUGAUCAUCUAGGGGAAACGUAUCAGAAUCUGAACCCACCAAAGCUUGUUCUGAAGAAGAUAAGCUCCAACAAAAAUCAGAAGACAACAGAACAACUGAAUCAGAUCUUGCCUGUUCCUACCACCUUUGAUGCCACAAAAGUCACCAAAUACACCUACGCAAUGGGAAGCAACCCUAGCCUCUUGGUCAUCGAGAGCCAGGCCACUGAUCAGGUUCACGAAGCCUCACGCAAGGCGGGCGCUAGCCACAGCAACUAUGAUGAUGCAAUGCAGUUUGUUAAGAAGAAGCGUUUCUUGCAAGGGCCUAACAGCACCAGCAGAGAGUUUGCCUUAUCUGUGGGCCAGAUUGUAACUCAGCCAGCUGCAACACAGGCAGCUACCACCACUGUAGGUGAAAGCAGUGGUGGCACAUCCAUGUUGGUGCAGCCCGGCAACACCGAGCUGAAAAGCGGUCAGGACAAAGGCGGAAUUCCUGAUGAAGUUCUGCAGACUCUCUUGGACCACUAUACUAACAAGGCAAAUGGGCAGGUUCCAUUUUCUGUCAGUGAUACCCAAGUCGCUUCAAAUAUAACCGUAAGCUCGACUGAUAGUUCAAAUGUGCCUCCAUUGGAGCAAGUCAGUGAAGGUUCACAGCCAGCAUCCGCAGACAACUGUAACAUGCUCCACGAAUAUUCAAAGUUCCUCCAACAAGCUUUGGAAAGGACUUGCCACAAUGAUAAUUACUCUGGUGAGCAAGGACUUGCAUACGAGACUGAAAGUCAGCCCCUAACUGGGAGCCUUCAGGUGCCACCUCUGUUUUCUUCUCUGGAGCGGCAGGUUUUUGCCACGAUGGUUACCCAACACGGCUUCAGACCAGAAGCGGGCUCUUCCUUGAGGUUACCAACGCAAAAGGCCCAGUACAGUUUGCUCGUCGGUGAAUCCCAGCAUCCCUUUGCGUUCAUGCCGACAGUAACGAGCAACAGCAGCAUCUCGUCGCCGCCGGAUUUCAUAGAGCAGGUUAACUCGCAGAAAAAGCGCGAGGAGCCGUCAGCUCACAACAAUCACCAAAUGGGCACAUUUGGUCAAGACUCAAGGUUCUCAGCUACUGGAGGAGAAAUGACCCCGUCAUUCAAUGACAGUGCCAGUGGACAGGUGAACCUCAGGGUCCGGCAGGGCAACUCAAACUACUCGGAGUUUUCUCUGGUCAAUGUGCCAGAAGGAAGGGAUCAAAUGAGUGCCUCACCAGCUGUGACAGGGGGUCAGACUUUUCGGUGAAAUGAUUUGUUCAUCAUAUUUGGGAUCAUGAUAUAUUUCUGUUUUUGAAUUGCUCCAAAAAGAAAACCAUUUCAAUCUUCUGUUUUUAUUUUUUAGAGAUCUUCUUUAGAGAUCUUAUUCUUGAAUGACAGAGCAGGCACAAGGGUGGUGGGGGUGGGGGGGGGGGGGGGGGGGGGGGGGGGGGGACAGUUGACUCCUGCAAUUUCUUAUUUUCUUAUUAGUGACUUUACCAGAGGGUAUUCCAUAGUCCAGCAUUGAAACAUUCUUCCCUUCUCUCCAUUGAUAUGUUCUUGCUGCCUAGCACAGAAAGGGUCAUAUUGAUGCCUCUCUCCAAGUCCUUUGUAUUCAUCAGAAGCAUUUGUCCAUCCAUAAAGAGUGUCAAGGGUGGGAGUUGGUUAUACGUUAACCCUGGAAUUCACCAGAUAAUUGUCAUUUGCCGAUACUGUCAUUUCAUCAGUUUAAACAUUUUCAUUUCAACCCACAAAUAAUUACUCUGACAGACAUUAAUACAGAUCAACAAUUUCAUAGAUACAUAUGCCAUCAUUUCAAAUAUCUGGCCUAAAGUACUCACCUUUAUACUGAUCCAAUAAGACCACGAUAUUGCAUGCGCUGUUUACCCUGAUAUUGACAUUGUAUGUUUCCAAUAAAUGCCAUAAUUAUUGGCAUCUAUGAAUUAAUGAUGCCAAUACAAACAUUUUAUCCACUAAUUACCCUGAAUUUUCUAAUAAUGCAAAAAUCAACCCGAUUCUGGCAUAUUGUAGGAAUGAACAAAAGUCCCGUAUCAUAAUAGGAGGCCAUUUGGUCCAUCAUGUCUGGCAGUUCUUUGAAAUUCUCAAGACCUUUCUUAUUUUGGUGUUAACAUUUUAUUUUUUUUGUUAUUACUAAUUUGCUUGCCAAUUGAAAUAGUUUCUUUCAAUUUUCUAUACUUUCAUUCUUUUCAAUACGUUCAUACAGAUACUGCCCCCAGAAAACUCUUUGUAACCUUUGCUUUAACAAAUAGACCCUUAGUAUCUAUAAUGGUAACAGGAAACCUUUCCCUGGUUUCUGUGAAAUCCAAUAUCCCUAGUUAUAAAUCUAGAAUUCCAUUUGUCUACCUGAACUCUUCUGUCCAAUUACUUCCAAAAUGUCAUAGAAUAUAGAACAGUACAGGCCCUUCGGCCCACAAUGUCUGUGCUGAACAUGAUGCCAAGUUGAACUAAUCACCUCUGCCGACACAUGAUCCAUUUCCUCCAACAUUCUCUGCAUCUCGUGCCUGUCUAAAAGCCUGUGAAACAUCGCUAUCGUAUCUGCCUCCACCACCCCUGCCAGGCCGUUCCAGACACCCACCGCUCUCUCUGUGUAAAGCAAACUAUACCUGUCAUCAUUUAAAAUAUUUCUUAUCAGGUCUCCCCUCACCCUCUCCAGAGAAAACAAACCGAUCCCAGUCCAAUCUCUCAUUGUAGCUAAUACCCACCAAUGCAGGCAGCAUACUGGUAAACCUCCUUUCCAAAAUCUCCACAUCCUUCCCAUAAUGCAGCAACCAGAACUACAUGCAAUAUUACAAAUGCAACCUAACCAAGGUAUUAUGGAGCUGCAUCAUGACUUCCUGACUCUUAUACUCAAUGCCCUGACGAAUGAAGACAGGCAUUCUUUGCCACUAUAUCUACUUACCUUGCCAUUUUCAAGAGCUGUGGACUUGGACCCCAAGAUCCCUCUGUGCAUGAAUGUUGUUAAGGGUCUUGCCAUGAACUGUGUUCGACCUCCCAAGUUGCAACACUUAACACUUGCUCGGGUUAAACUCCACCUGCCAUUUCUCAGCCCAUUUCUGUAGCUGAUCAAUAUCCCACGAUAUACUUUGAUAGCAGUCCCCACCGUCCGCAAAUCCAGCAAUUUGGUGUUGUAUAUAACACAAACAACAGAGGUCCCAGCACAGAUCCCGGCAGAACGACCGGUCGCCGACCUCUAGCCAAAAUAACAAACUUCCACCACAACCUUCUGUAUUCUAUGAGUAAGCCAGUUCUGAAUCCAAAUGAUCAAGUCACUGUGAAUCCCAUGCAUCUUAAUCUUCUGGGUCAGCCUCCCAUGUAGACACAUCUAACACCUGCCUUCAUUGAUCAUCUUUGUCACCUCCUCAAAAAACUCGAUUAAGUUAGUGAGACCUGCCACGCAAUGCUGACUGUCCCUAAUUAGCCCACUCUCUUUAAAAUGGGAGUGGGCCAAUCCGAUCCUGAAGAAUCGUCUCCAAUAGCUUCUCUACCACUGUCAUCUCCCACUGAGAGGCAUUGGGACACCUCCAAUAAUUAACCUGAUAUUGGCAGUGAUACAAAUCUUCUGUAGAUAUUACCCCAAUAUCAAUACAGGCCUUGUGAUUAUGUCAACAUUUAUAUUGGUCAAUAAUAGUCUUGAGUUCGCCAAAGAUGUGCUAUUAAUAAUUAUUUUGAUAAUGCCAUUGAUGUAGCUCCAGCAGUUAUCCUGAUAUUGGCAUGGAUACAACCCAAAAUCGCCCUGUUUUUUAUAUGAUUCACUACUUAAUAAUGUUGAUAUUCACAGUCAAACAGUCCAGUAAUGACACCGAUAUUAUCAUAGAUUCACUACCAAUAUUCAUCCUGAUAUUGAUAUUCACGUAGCCUAUAGUAACUCUGGUAUUGCUCCUGAUGCAGGUAUAAUAAAUUGGUCUUCAUACACAGCUUCAAUAAUUACUCUGAUGUACUCAACAAUCCAGGUCCAGUAAGUAUCCUGAUGCAGGUUGUGAUGAAGAUUCUGAUAUUAACAUUGAUGGACUUUGUGAUUAUCCUGAUAUUGGUUUAGAUAAGCUCAACAAUUAUACUGAUAUUUGCAUGCUGUACUUUGUAAUGACUAAUAUUGCCACUGAUACGUCAUCUGUGAUUAUCCUCAUGUUGCCCUUGAUUCAUUUCCAGAAAUUGAUCAUAUUAGCACUGGUACUGCUCCAAUUAUCCCACAUUCACAAAGUCCCAACUCUGACCUUGAUAGCGACACUAAUUAACCUGAUUGGGGCUUUGACACACCAAUUAGUACACAAAUUUUGGCUGAUGACACAGCUCCAACUGUGACUGCUUUACAUUGUCACAGCCCAGCAAUAAUUAUCCUGGCAUUCACUUUGAUACGACCCUGUAAUUGCACAGAUAUUUUGAUUCAUUCAAUUCCAGUACUUGCCUUGGUUUUGGUACUGAUGCAGUCCAGUAAUAUUCCUGGUUUUGCCAUUGACAUGCUCCCAGCAGCUUCCAUGGUACUGCAACCGAUACACAUCAAACAAUUGCCGGAUAUAGGCGACGAUACACUUUCAACGGUUGUCAUGAUAUUUACUGAGCGGCUUCCAAUAAUUUGUCUCACAAUUGCAUUAUCACAUCUGCAAUAAUUAUCCUUAUGUUGAUUUUGCUCAACUUCCAAAAAUGUUUGAUAAUGGUGUUAUCAUGCCAUCAUAUACCCCAAUGACCCUACUAUCUACAUUGAUACAGUUUCAAUGGUUACCUUGAUAUUGACGUUGAUUGAAUUACAAUUGUUGCCUGAUAAGGGCAUUUAUUUUUCCCAGUUAUUACUCUGAUGUUGUCAUUUGUUCAUAUUCAAUAAUUACACAUUACAUUGUUUCACUUAUAA